GUGAUGAUGCUGUUGUGUUGUGGCUGGUGAUGAUGCUGUUGUUGUUGUGUUUUCAGCUGGGUGCAGAGCUUUGGUCAUGAGGGGCUGGGCCUGCUGUUGGACACUCUGGAGAAACUGCUGCUCAAGAAACACCAGGACAAGGUGGACAAACGGAGCCAACACAAAAUCAUUCAGUGCCUCAAAGCCUUCAUGAACAACAAGUAUGGCCUGGACCGUAUCCUGGGUGAGGAGAAGAGUCUGACGCUGCUGGCUCGAGCCAUCGACCCCGGCCAGCCUGCCAUGAUGACAGACGUGGUGAAGCUGCUGUCGGCCAUCUGCAUCGUGGGCGAGGAGAACACUCUGGAGAAGGUGCUUGAAGCCAUGGGCACAGCAGGGGAACAGGGAGCCAUGGAGAGGUUCAGCCCCGUGGUCCAGGGCCUCCGCCAACGCUCCCUUCAAUUACAAGUGGCCUGCAUGCAGCUCAUCAACGCUCUGGUCACCUCUCCUGAUGAGCUGGACUUCAGGCUGCACAUCAGGAACGAGUUCAUGCGCUGCGGCCUCAAAGAGAUACUGCCGAGCUUGUCAGUCACCAGGAGCGAGGCCCUGGACAUCCAGCUGAAGGUGUUUGAGGAGCACAAGGAAGAGGACCUGCUGGAGUUCUCUCACCGGCUGGAGGACAUCCGAGCAGAGAUGGA